AUGUCUCAGGGUACUUUAUACUUGUUGCCACAGUCGCCAAGAUCAUUCAUCUUGCAAGAUUUGAUCACCUACUACAAGUUGGACGUCAAGAUCACCACGGAAAAGGAUGACAGAUUCCACCACUAUUUCCCCUUGGGCAAGACGCCAGCUUUUGUCGGCUUGAAGGGGUACGCUUUGACUGAAACCAUUGCCAUUGCAAGAUACUUGUUCAGCUUGGUCCCAGCAGACCAAAUGAAGGGAGUCUUGGGUAAGAAUGCUGCUCAGUAUGCGCUGAUUUUGCAGUGGGAAUCAUUGAUGAACCAGGAGUAUUUGGGGGCUUGGGUGCCAACUUUCUACAUGGCUAGUGGUAAGGCUCCUUUUAACAAGAAGAACAUGGACGAAAGCAUGGCUAAAUUGGACGUUAUUGCCCAGAUCUUGGAGACUAGAUUGCACGACUUUACUUAUUUGGUUGGCGAAAGAUUGACUUAUGCCGAUUUGUUCUCUGCUGCGUGUUUGUCUGCUGGAUUGAUGACCACAUUGGGUGCUCCAUUUUUGAACAAGUUCCCCCACUUGAAGAGAUGGUUCGGCACUGUGAUCCAGGCUCCAUUCUGGAACGGUAAAUUCAAGGAGUUUACACCAAGAGAAGAGCCAAUGACCUUUGCUCCUCCAAAGAAGGAGAAGAAGCAGGAAACUGCUCCUGAUGCUGCUGCUGCUACCAAGAAGGAGGCCGCUCCAAAAGCUGCUGCUGCUCAAGAAGAAGACGAGCCAGCUCCAGCUCCAAAGCCAAAGCACCCAUUGGAAGCCUUGGGCAAGCCAAAGGCCCCCUUGGACGAAUGGAAGAGAGUUUACUCCAACGAAGAAACUAGAGAAACUGCUAUUCCAUGGUUCUGGGAAAACCAAUACAACCCUGAAGAGUGGUCAUUGUGGAAGGUCGACUACAAAUACAACGACGAAUUGACCUUGACUUUUAUGUCCAACAACUUGGUUGGUGGUUUCUUCAACAGAUUGUCUGCCUCUACCAAGUACAUGUUUGGUUGUAUGGUUGUUUACGGUGAGAACAACAACAAUGGGAUCACCGGUGCCUUCUUGGUCAGAGGCCAAGAUUACGCGCCCGCUUUUAAUGUUGCACCAGAUUGGGAAUCCUAUGAAUUCACCAAAUUGGACGCCUCAAAGCCUGAAGUGAAGGACUUUGUUGACAACAUGUUUGCUUGGGAUAAACCAGUUGACGUUAACGGUGAAAAGAGAGAAAUCGCCGAUGGUAAAGUGUUUAAGUAA